UGUCGCCGCCGAGUGGUAUAUGUUAUUAUAAUGUUUUUCCAUGCGUUUUGCAUUUUUGCGUUUGCCGUAUUGACUUUUGACUUUUGAUUUAUAGUGUCUAUACUCGCGUAACUUCUAGGUCCUAUAACAGUUUGUUGAUACUCAUUAGCCUAGCCAAUACGCACUUGUUUUGCGACUUUCAAAUUUCUUAUAAUCAUAAUGUGGGUUGUUGUCCACUUUUUAAAUGAGGACACGGUGGAAUCUGUUCCUGAAACAUGGUACCGAAAAAAAGAUAAAACAUGUGCUUGGCCAAUUGUAUCAAAGAAGUCAAAAAAAAUGUAUCGAAAAAAAAGAUUAUCCAGAUGAAAAAAACUAUCAGUGGUUACCUGCAAGGAUGCUUGGUCGAAAGUAUGGAUCUUUAGAAGAAGCACGGAUGAAAACAAACCGGGCACAAUUCUACUCAGAUUUGUCUGCAAAUGAAGAUUUAAAUGCUCAACGCCUGUUAAAAUCAAAAAGUAUAAUGGAAAGUCCCCCUUCGUUAAGACUAAAAAAAAUUUAAAUAACUGUUGAAAACACUGGUGGUUUUGAUGAUGAAUCAGAUAUUGAAGAUGGUCAUGAUUCUGAUAAAGACCCUGACUAUCAUAAAUCAAUCAUUUUAAAUGUUCCAUCAGUAUCACAAACAAUGACUAAUCGUAAUGACAAGUAUGUUAUGAAUUCUCCAAUUGGGAAAAUUUUGAUUGAAGAAACUAGUCCAUCUAUUAUGUCUUCUAUGCUUCCAAAACAACCAUUUAUUGAAUAUAUAAAUUUGCCAUCACCUCAACGUUCAAACACUACACCAUCAUCAAAUCCUAAAAAAAGAGUUUUAUUUUCAACUGUUGGGUCCAAAGGGUGAGAUAAUCGUUCAUCUAAGUAUAAUACAAUUCGUAUGGUAUGUCUUAUGCAGUUCCAUCAGUAUCACAAGCAAUGACUAAUCGUAAUGACAAGUAUGUUAUGAAUUCUCCAAUUGGGAAAAUUUUGAUUGAAGAAACUAGUCCAUCUAUUAUGUCUUCUAUGCCUCCAAAACAACCAUUUAUUGAAUAUAUAAAUUUGCCAUCACCUGCUGUAUCUCGACGUUCAAACCCUACACCAUUAACUCGUCCUAUAAAAAGAGUUUUAUUUCCAACUGUUGAGUCCAAAGGGUCAAAUCGUUCAUCUAAAUAUAAUACAGAAUAUGACUGUGGCAUGACUGAUAUAGCAUUCAAAAAUGUUGUUGUCAGUUCCUUAACUAAAGUUAAGCAUGAAAUUUCUGCGAUACAUUCAACUGUGAAUUCAAGCUAUAUGGUGUUGGAAGGAUUUAUUAAUAACUUUGGACAAUCAAGAGCUACAGAAAUAGCUAUGCAGUAUGAGAAUGGAUGUAGUUUAGACGAUUUCUUCCCAAUUACUAAUGAAGAAGAUUUACAGUUACUUAACAAUAUAAUUAAGUCUGAUAAACAAUUUCGAUUAAAUAUGGUUUCCAAGUUAUCAUUACUCGUGGGUACAAAAGAUGUUGGUGAUAGCGUGAGACGACUUAUGGGACGUAUGUUUAUUGAUGAUGUUUUAACCGAGUAUUCUCUUCUGGGAAAAAAGAAGAAAAUAAACUUCUCAGAAUUGCCUGUUUAUCAACUAUUCAUAGAUGCAUUAAGAAUCCAUCAAAAAUACAAAGAUAAGAUCAAUAAAGAUUUUAAUGACCCAUUUGCAAACUGGCUUAAUCACUCUAAAUUUAGGCUUCUGAACAAAGCAGUUGAAAAAAAUAACAAACUAUAA